AUGCGUUUGGAGUGUCAGUACAACUUGGAGCCUCCUACGGACCCCUCUGCGGAGGCACCUUCAUGGGCGCCUGCUGCAGGCAGCGUCCUUCUCUCCUCUGUGUCUGGCUUGAUGAGGCUCGUUAGUGAAAGGAGCAGAGACUUCAUGAAGGAGACCCCAGCCCCGUUCUCCUUCCCCUCCUUGACAGACGACUUCGAAGAGAGCUCAAAACUCGCUCAGGACGCCGUCUCCUCACCUAACAGAGCCUCCGAUGGACUUGCAUCCGCAGCUCCCGCCCUUUCUGCUGCUGCUCCACCUGGGCCAGCUCGUUCGGCUAGUGCCGCCGGAGGUAGUGCUUCUAGGGAGCUGUCGCCGGAUGCUUCGAGGCAGCUGGCUCGAACGUGGGGUAGUGCGACGCUUGCUCCCUUGUAUGCUGGAGCGGGUCUAAGGGCAGCCUCUCCGAGGCAGGCAAAGGAAAGGUUCGGGGCCUCCGAAGCAUCUGUUACUGAGUUGUUGGUCGGCUGCCGUGAAGGGGGAGAUGCUGGUGUAUUAGGAUCGGUUGCAGCAAGAGGUGAGGGGGAGAUCACAGAGACGCCUUCAAAGGCACAAGAGACAAGUGAUAAGAAAGACCCACAGAAAGACAGAGCCAUGCAGGGAGUGUCUCUGCAGGGUCUCUUUGCAGGGAUGCAUAAGAGGACUGGAUAUGCAGUCGAAGGCCUCUUGCCAACUGCUUCGUUUGAGGUUGCCCCCGAGGCGGCGGAGGCAGCUGGAGCCAUCUCUGGGCAGCCUGAAGCCUUGCAGGAGCCCGCAAGCGCUGCGAGUAUGGAGCAGGGGCCCAAGGAACACCAGAGGACACCUACAGGAGAGGAGGCAGCGGGAAAGGAGAAACCUGAAGGAGGCGCCCCGUCCUGCAGCCCGCAGGCCCCCACGUACCCGCUGGAGAGUCUGUCUCCCGCAGAGGCACCCCCAGAACAACCGGGAGAAAAAGAGACAGCAGAAGCCUCGUCAGGGGGGAGGGAUUCGUCCGAAAGAAGUACUGCUGGGUGCGAGGGUAGCACUAGAGACAGGGCCAAAGAUACAGACACCUCGGCGAGUGAAGGCGGGCCCUCAGCGGCAAUGCAUCGGGAGGAGCCGCUGCAUGCAGCGGAGCCCAACGAAGCCACUCUUGGAGAUCGAGUUCAUGAAUCUGUUAAAAGCAGCGGCAUGGCCAAGGGCAAUGCAGCGACUUCAGAUGAGGCUGCAGCAGACAAGAGAGGCAACAGCUCUGGGAUCGAAGGAUCGCCGCUCCCAAACAAGUUCUUGAUGCGAGCGCUGUCUAUGCCUCCACUGCACCCUCGGCUGCUGCAGAUGGCAGCAGAGACUUCAGCAGCGUGGGGCGGGCUCGACAUACUUACUGCUUUGGGGGCACUCCCUGACGCGUUACUGCAGGAGGAAGACCCAGGCGAGCUGCACGAGGAUGUGCUCUUCUACGAAGCAGACGGCCACUACACAGAGACUGGAGAAGAGUACUGCAUGCCUCUGGGCGACCAGCAGCAGUUGGUGAAGCUGGUACCCAACAACCUUAUCUCCGUUAGAGCAAACAGAAGAAAGUUUUCUUUCCUCUUCGUUCCUUCAGCAGGGAGUCACCUCUUCAUUGAACUCAGGACUAGCCUCUCUUUAGGGAUGUCCCUCAGUGCUACGCUGGAACUGGUUUACUGUGGGGCUCCUUUGCCUCUCUACAAGGAGCUACCGAGUCUCUAUAGCCCCACAGACAGGAAGUGUGUCUUGUCUCUCGACGGCGCGGGCGUGUACGCUGCCGUGGGACAGCUGGUUAUGUUGAGGCAACUGGAGAAGGAAGUGCGAUUUCUUUUGGGGGACCGCCGGCUGAACUUGGCAAGCUGCUUCGACGUCAUUGUCGGCACGGGAACAGGUGGUCUAUUAGCGCUGGCGCUGCUUCGAGGCAUUCAAGUGGUUCGUCUGUUGAGAGAGUGGGCAGGGAUCGGUGGAAAGAACUUAGACGAAUUGGCACCAGAUUGGAAGAACGCCUUCUUCAUGCAGUUGGUAGCAGGCAUGGAACCCAAGACAUUGCGGAGUGAACUCGUAGACAAGUUCGGCUGGCGUUUCCUCAACACCGUCAGCGCACCUCUUGGGCUGAUUACGUGCAGCAACCUUGCGCAGUCCCCUCCCCAGGCAUUCUUGCUGCGCACCUAUGAGCACACUUCACCAGGCAAGAACGCUUGUAGAGGCCCUCUACUGUAUGCAGCGUGGGCAACGAUCGCCUCUCCGGGGUUCUUGAGGCCAAUUCGUCCUGAAGAUUUGACAAGCAUGGGAUUCUUUGUGGAGCCUCCGGUCCGCCUCACGGGCGCCACCAGCACAGAUGCUCUCGCAGCCAACCCCACACUUGCAGGGCUGGAUGAGUGCGCGCGCCUUGCUCACAAACCAUUGCGGAGUUUCAUUCAGUCGGACCUGCAGUUGCUGGUGUCUUUGGGAGCUCGCGAGUUCUUCACCACUCCUGCUGCUCGGCGGGGCCCUUUGGAGCCGUUCGCUACUGAAGGUCUUACGGCUGCUACGAUGUGCGGCCAUCGAGAAGUGCUGCACUGGUUGGCGGACAGGCUGGACGUGUACUUCAGGUUCAACAUGCCGGUGGUGGGGGGCAUUCGGCUGUCCCCAACCAACCCCAUCGGGCUAACAGACCUAAUGGCAGUAGCCUCAGAGUAUAUUACUGACGAGAAGUUCUUCGAAAUGAAAAAGACUGCAAAAAUCCUGGCACACAGCGUCAAAGCCAGAAUGUACGAGAAGAGCGGAGGCUCGUAG